GGGAUGGAUCUGCCAAGCCUUGUACCACAAAAAAUCUUUAAUAUUUCUUGUAUCAUCUAGCAACACAAGAGUUGUACUCCUUUUAUGUUGACUUCAAAAUGGAGAGAUGAUAAGGACGUUCUGUUGUUUCUGAUGAUGCUGAUCAAGAGCCUAAUGAAGCAUAAGCCACAUGAAUCAUAUAAUGGUGAUACAAAUAAGAAACGGAGUUGAUUCAUAUUUUUAGGUACAAUGCACUUAAGACUUUCUUUUUUCUUUAUUUUUUUUCUUCUAAAUGAAUUUUGAUCAGGAGUUUAAAGAGAAUAUUUAUGAGCCUUGGAGAAGCGAAUAUGUCAAUUAUGAAGAAAUUCAAUUCAAUUUAAAAAAUCAAUACAUAUCGCAACCCGAAUUCGAAUCCAUCAUAUCAGCAGAAGCAGACAAAGUAGAGUUAUUUAUUAAUAGAAAACAACGUGAAAUAGAAUCAAGGAUAUCUUAUUGUGAACGAAGCCUUUCAAAUGUGACAUCACCCUUAGUGUAUGAAACAACCGAUGACGCACUAACAGAGAUGCUACUUGACCUGAACGACCUUUCAAAAUACACUCGUUACAAUUUCUUGGCCUUACAGAAAUUAAUAAACGAAACCAAGUUUGAUCACUCUCGGUUACUUUACUGGCUACGUUCAAAAUCACUAGAUAAACAACGGUUCGAUCUCGCUCUUGUCAAAAUAGCUACUCUUCAUGACCUCUGUCGACUUCAUGGAAAGGCAAGACCCCCUUCGCCUUCAAAUAUAGACGGCACAUUCGAAAAGGCCAAGUUUUGGGUACAUCCUGACAAUGUUACGGAAUUGAAGGCUAUCUUAUUAUUUCAUUUACCCGUCGUUAUAUCCAACACAGACAAACCAAUUGAACAAUCAGAUAGCUCAGUAUCCAGCAUUUACUUUGACAACCCUUAUUUCGACCUAUAUCAGAACCGACUUCAACGAGACGAAGGAGCCGAGGCAAUUCGUUGUCGCUGGCUCGGACCUGUAAAUGAGGCAAAGGAAGUUUAUAUCGAACGCAAGACACACCAUGCGCCCUGGAUGAACGGUUUAUCCGUCAAGGACAAACUUUCAUUCAAUGUAGACCAAGUGGAUGGGUUUAUCAAAGGCACUUAUACAGCUGAGCAGUACGCCAACGACUUGCGUCACAAGAAGAACAUGCCUGAGGAGCAAGUGAAAAAGUGUCAUGCGAUUGCUUCGGGCAUUCAAAUGUCAAUACAGGAAAGGGAGCUCGAGCCGAUGAUGCGAGUGUUCUAUCAUCGCACUGUCUUUCAGGUUCCUGAUGACCCACGUAUCGUUAUCACGCUUGACACAGAUGUCAACUUUAUACGCGAGGAUCCACCGAGAGGACAUUGGCGAAGAGAGAAUAUGGAUUAUCCCUUUGACUCUGAGGAGGAGGUCUACUCAUUUCCUUACGCCAUCAUGGAGACCACAACCCAUAUACCUCCUCCUGAAUGGCUCACACGACUAUUCGAUUCACGAUUGGUUUAUGAAGUGCCUCGAUUUUCCAAAUACUUGCAGGGUGUUGCCUAUUUUUGGAACUCAAGGCUACCCUUGGUGCCCUGGUGGUUGGAACAGCUCGAACUCGAUAUCCGUAAUGCCAAACAGCCUACAGGCAAUUUCAGUGGACUCUCUCGGUCCAAGAGCUUGAGACCACUGAUCGAUGGCAAGUAUCGUAUGGGCUACCUUGAAUCUCAGUUAGAACGAAGCGCUGGCUUCAAACGCACUGUCAAUCGAUACUCGGCUGCAUCUCGAGCGAGUAACCCAUUUGAUGAUCCUAUCUGGUCACAACAUAGCCCUCUAUCACCCACCACUGCUUCUUCCAUCAGUCGAGUCAUGUCGCCCUCGGAUGGUCGAAGGACGACGAUAUUCUUGGAUUCAGCCUCCACCGAUUUUCUCAUUGGCGGUAAACAUACGCCAAGAUCUUCCUAUUUACAAGUCGAAAAGGAUGAAAAGGAAAAAGAACGACUGUUUAGUGAAGACAUUACGAUCGUGGAAGAAGGCCGAAGGAAUAAAAAGGAAAAGAAGGCAGAAGAAGAAAAGCUAGGUGCAGAAGUAGAAGUAGAAGAAGAGGAAAAACCAAAGAAGAAGAAAAAGAAGAACAAGGAAGGAGGCGCAAUGGUUGAACCAAAAAUCUUUUUUGCUAAUGAACGUACGUUUAUUCAUUGGUUACACUUUGCUACCAUCCUUCUGUCGGCUGCCGUCACUCUCUUGAACUUUGGUGAUCGUGUCAACCGUAUUGUGGGAGCCGUCUUUUUUGGUAUUGCCUUCUUGUUUUCUUUCUACUCCUUUGGAUUUUAUCGUUGGAGAGCGCAUAGAAUAGCGACCAAACCUCAUUUGAGAUUCGAUGAUAUCUUUGGACCUGUGAUUUUGUGUAUCUUAUUGAUCGGUGCCCUUGUUCUUAACUUUGCUCUUCGAUUCAAUACGCCACCACAAAACAAUUCUUAUUUGGGUGUAAACAAUACUAAUACUUCCGACUUGUAAAACUUUUUGCUUCAUGAUGAUGACGUUGAUGAAACUUUUAUACACUCUUUAAAGAAAUAUAAUAAAAAAGGAGAGGAAUUAUAUUCCCCUUAUACCACGC